CCAGGGCUCCGGGACACUCCGCGGCUCGGCGGGCUUCUUCCCGGUGUGCAGGCUGUGCCAGCCUGGGUGGUUAUGGCUGUGUACGUGGAUCACCGGACAGAAGCGCCCGAUUCCGUUGCCUCCCCUGCGCUUAUAGCGUGGCACCCGCUCCAGCCGCUCCUGGCAGUUGCUGCGCUCAGCACAGCGUCUGGGGGCUGUGUGGAUGUCUACUUGGAACAGGGAGAACAUGUGUCUGAUGCACAUGUUGAGAGAAGCUUUCAGGUCUCAUCCCUGUCCUGGCACCCUUCCAGACCGAUGCUGGCAACAGGCUGGGAGACAGGAGAAGUUGUGAUACUCAACAAACAAGACAAGGAGCAGCACGCUGUGCCACUGAGUCACAGCACCAAAAUUACAGCCCUAAGCUGGAGUAUAAAUGGUACCCACCUUGUGUCUGGUGAUAAGCAUGGUGUCUUGGUUCUGUGGAGAGUGGACCAGCGAGGCAGAGUGCAGGGUCCUGCCCUGCUGAAACAGGAGUAUGGAAAAUGUUUGUCUCACUGUGUCUUUCGACCACCCCCUCCUGGCGAGGACUUUGUACAGCUGGCAAAAGCAGCUGUGAGUGGUGAUGAGAAGGCCUUGGAUAUGUUUAACUGGAGAAAAGCUGGAACAGGAGCACCCCUGAAAAUGAGACUCCAGGAAGGACUCUCAUUCUUCAUCACUUUGACAGAUGGUUCUGUGCACUAUGUGAAUGAGAAAGGAAAGACAAGGCAUGUAUUGUCCACAGACAGUCUGGUCCAAAAGCUUCUGUUCAUGGAGAAAAGAGAUGUUUUGCUUGUAAUAACAGAGAAGUUGCAGUUGUCCUUGCAUGCCAUUACUAUUGAGGGAGAGGCAGAAGAGCUCAUGAAGGUGAAGUUGAGUGGGGAGAUAGGUCACUCUGCAGACAUCAUCUUAAUAGACCAUAGCCUUGUUGUUACAGCACUGGGGGAGACAGUCAUCAGGUUCUGGGAUUUGGACCGAAAUGAGAACUAUGUGCUCUCCCCAGAUGUGCAGUUUGGCUUUGAGAGAGGAGAAUGUAUCAACUGUGUUUCUUACUGCAGUGCUAAAGGUCUCUUAGCAGCUGGUACCAACAAAGGGAGAAUAGCAAUGUGGAAGAAGGCAUCAGGAUUUGAUCAGAGCAAACGGGAUUUGGAGGGCAAGGAGAAGUGGAAGCUCCAGGCACCUACAGAACUUGAAGGAAAUGUCACUCAGAUAAAGUGGGGCUCCCGAAAAAACCUCCUGGCAGUCAACACCAUCAGCUCUGUGGUGAUCCUCAGUGAGCAGACCAUGUUGUCUCACUUCCAUCAGCAAGUGGCUGUCGUACAGGUGUCUCCCAACCUGUUCAACGUGACCGUCUUCAGCACAGGAAGCACGCAUAGCCUUUGCGUUGAUAUGAACGUUAACGGAGUCUUUGCCACUCAGGACGCUGUAGUAUUCUGGAAUGGGAAGCAAGUCGCUGUCUAUGAGAGCUCAGAAGAUACCUUCAGAAGUGCAGGCUCGUUUCCUUGUGACUCUCCAGUUCUGGCUGUGCACGGAGAGAAUCUCUACACAGUUGAACCCUAUCGGGUCCAGGUCCGCACUUUGCAGGGCACAGUUAAACAGCUGCUGGUGUUCUCUGAAGCAGAGGGGAAUCCAUGCCUCCUGGAUGUCUGUGGAGAUUUCCUGGCUGUGGGAACUGACUUGUCUCACUUCAGAAUCUUUGAUCUCUCUCGCAGAGAGGCAAAAGUGCACUGGAAUAGCAUGAAUUUCUCUGAGCUGUUUCCUGGCCUUGGAGGCAUUGCAUCUGUCAAGUGCAAUGCUAAUGGCAACAAAGUCAGCAUCCUUGUUAGCAAGGAGGAUGGGCACGUUGAUUCUAAGAUCUGUUUCUAUGAUGUUGAAAUGGACGAAGUCACAGUCUUUGACUUCCAAGCUGAAUGGAGAAGGGGGAGAGAGAAGCUUUCCUCUGGCCAAGGCAUUGCAAAGUCUGUUGUGGAGUAUCCAGACUUGCACAGUCACAUCCCUGCCUGCCAUUUCUGGGACCAGAGUGAACCAAGACUUUUUGUAUGUGAAGCAAUUCUUGACACAGGCCUACAGUCCCCAGACCAGAAGAAAAACCAGACUGAGAGCACAGUGGAUGUGUGGAUCGUAUCGUUCUUCAGUACUCAAGAGCACGGCCUUUUGCUUCAGGACAGCUUUCCACUGCCUUCAUCUUACCAGCUUCUUUUGGGCAUAGAGGUGCCACAUUAUUACUUUGCAAAAAAGCUGGGAGAAGCUGAGAAUGGACAAGAAGAGUCUGGCUCACUUAGGGUGCCUCAGAUGGUUGCGAGAAGACCCCUGAGAGAUUUCAUUGGAUUGGGAGACUGUGAUAAGCCCACCCAGGAUGCCAUGCUGAACUUCAGCUACUAUUUGACUGCUGGGGACAUGGAUGGAGCCUUCAAAUCCAUCAAGCUGAUAAAAAGAGAGGCUGUCUGGGAGAACAUGGCUCGCAUGUGUGUGAAGACCCAGCGGCUGGACGUUGCCAGGAUCUGCCUGGGGAACAUGGGCCACGCCAGGGGAGCCAAGGCACUGCGGGAGGCCGAGCAGGAGCCGGAGCAGGAGGCCAGGGUGGCUGUGCUGGCCAUUCAGCUGGGCAUGCUGGAGGAUGCUGAGCGGCUGUACAGCUCCUGCAAACGCUAUGACCUGCUCACCAAGCUGUACCAGGCGUCCAACCAGUGGCAGAAGGCCGUGGAGAGCGCAGAGGCUCACGACCGCGUCCACCUCCGCAACACCCACCACAGCUACGCUCGGCACCUGGAGGCGGCCGGCGAGCGGGGCCUGGCGCUGGCACACUAUGAGAAGUCUGACACACACAGGUUCGAGGUGCCCCGGAUGCUCUCUGAAGACCUACAAGCCCUGGAGACCUACGUCAACAAGAUGAAAGACAAGAGCCUGUGGAAGUGGUGGGCACAGUACCUGGAGAGCCAGUCUGACAUGGACUCUGCACUCCAGUACUACACCCUGGCUGAGGAUUACUUCUCCCUGGUCCGUGUGCUCUGCUUCCAGGGCAACAUUCAGAAGGCUGCCGAAAUAGCCAACGAGACGGGCAACUGGGCAGCGUCGUAUCACCUGGCCCGUCAGUACGAGAGCCAGGACCAGGUGAAGCAGGCUGUGCACUUCUACAGCCGGGCACAGGCCUACAACAACGCCAUCCGCCUGUGCAAGGAGAACAAUUUAGAUGAUCAGCUGAUGAACCUGGCUCUUCUGAGCUCGCCAGAAGACAUGCUAGAGACAGCCUGCUACUACGAGGAAAAGGGGGAGCAGAUGGACAGAGCUGUCAUGUUGUACCACAAGGCAGGACACUUCUCCAAAGCUCUGGAGCUUGCCUUUGCCACACAGCAGUUUGGGGCCUUACAGCUGAUUGCUGAAGAGCUGGAUGAGAAAUCAGACCCAGCUCUGCUCAGCCGCUGCUCAGAUUUCUUCACGCAGCACGCUCAGUACGACAAGGCUGUGGAGCUGCUGCUGGCAGCACGGCGGUACCACGAAGCUCUGCAGCUGUGCCUGAGGCAGAACCUGCCCAUCACAGAGGACAUGGCUGAGAAGAUGACGGUGGGGAAGGACUCGCCUGAGCUGUCCGAGGAGUCUCGGCGAGAGCUGCUGGAGCAAAUUGCUGAUUGCUGCAUGAGACAAGGCAGCUACCACAUGGCCACCAAGAAAUACACACAGGCAGGAAACAAGCUAAAGGCUAUGAGGGCGCUGCUGAAAUCCGGCGACACCGAGAAAAUCGUCUUCUUUGCCGGGGUGUCCAGACAGAGGGAGAUUUACAUCAUGGCAGCCAACUACCUCCAGUCACUGGACUGGCAGAAGGAGCCUGAGAUUAUGAAGAACAUCAUCAGCUUCUACACCAAAGGAAAGGCCCUGGACCUGCUGGCAGGUUUCUACGAUGCAUGUGCCCAGGUGGAAAUUGAUGAGUAUGAGAACUAUGAGAAGGCCCAAGGAGCGCUGGCAGAAGCUUACAAGUGUCUUUCAAAAGCAAAGCCCAGAAACCCCGUGGAACAGGAGAGCAAACUGGCCCAGCUGCAGAGCAGGAUGAGCCUCAUCAAGCGCUUCGUCCAGGCUCGGAGAGUUUACCCUGAGGACCCCGAGGAAGCAGUGAGACAGUGUGAACUGCUCCUGGCUGAGCAGGACUUGGAGAGUGCCCUGCGCCACGGCCAUGUCCUGGGCUUCCUGCUGGCACACUAUGUCCAAGGGCAGGACUUCCACACGGCUCACCGCUACCUGGAGGAGAUGCAGAGGAGGAUCCCACCCCUGAACCUGAGCUGCUACGUGCCUCAGCAGACCAUCGAGGCCAUUCACCGAGGUGUGGGCAUCCCCCUGAGCCAGAGCCUGGCUCCAGAGCAGCCUCAGCACAGCAGCAUGGAGAACAAGGAGGUAGAGGAAGAAGUGGCUGAAGAAGUGGAGGAGCUGUGACACCUUCCAAACACAGAGUGGACUUUAAGACAAGGUAGCAUUUUAAUAAAUGUGAGGGGGGAAAAACA